UUCCAAACUUCUAAAAUUCUCGGAUGAUUCCCCAAAUCCACCGCCAUGGAUGAUCUUCACCACACAGAUCGACCACUUCCCGAUCCCAAACGUUCUCAGUCUCUCAAAUCCCGACCUUCUUCUGUGAUCUUCUUCUACUGUUCAUCCAUUCUCAUCCUCCUCCUAUCAAUUUCCCUCUUCACUUUCACCAAAACAGAUCAUUUCAAAUCUCAAUCUCUUAAAACCCUCUUUCAAAAGCUCAUCGAUCGUCUCAACGCAUCUCGAAAUCCCAAGCAAACCUCUGUUUCUAAUCCAUUUUCGACGUCCUCUCAAUGUGUUCUUUGGAUGGCUCCAUUUCUUUCCGGCGGCGGGUACAGUUCAGAAGCUUGGUCCUACAUUUUAGCCCUUCACGAUCAUGUAAGAAACCCUAAUUUUCGUUUGGCCAUUGAGCAACAUGGCGAUCUAGAAUCCGUUGAUUUUUGGGAGGGCUUACCGGAUUCUGUGAAGAAUUUGGCCAUUGAACUUCAUAGAACAAAAUGUAGAAUCAAUGAAACUAUUGUGGUUUGUCAUAGUGAACCUGGUGCUUGGAAUCCUCCUUUGUUUGAAACUUUUCCUUGCCCACCAGGUGUUUACCAAAAUUUCAAGUCAGUGAUUGGCAGAACAAUGUUUGAAACUGAUAGGGUAAGUCAAGAACAUGUUAAUCGUUGUAAUGAAAUGGAUUUUGUUUGGGUUCCUUCUGAAUUUCAUGUCUCUACAUUUGUGAAAAGUGGGGUUGAUCCUUCUAAAGUUGUGAAAAUUGUUCAACCCAUUGAUGUUAAUUUCUUUGAUCCAUUGAAUUAUAGUCCAUUUAGUCUUGAAUCUGUAGGAACUCUUGUUCUAGGAGACAAAAACAUGGCAGAAGUAAGCUUAGAGAAGGGAUUUGUGUUCUUGAGUAUCUUUAAAUGGGAAUUUAGAAAAGGUUGGGAUCUGUUAUUGGAAGCAUAUUUGAAAGAAUUCUCCAAGAAUGAUGGAGUUGGGUUGUUUUUAUUGACAAAUCCUUACCAUACUGAUAGUGAUUUUGGGAACAAGAUUUUGGAUUUUGUAGAAAACUCAGGCAUUCAAAAGCCACCUUCUGGUUGGGCUCCUGUGUAUGUGGUUGAUACUCAUAUAGCUCAAACUGAUUUGCCUAAAGUUUACAAGGCUGCAGAUGCAUUUGUUCUGCCGUCCCGAGGAGAGGGGUGGGGGAGGCCGCUCGUCGAAGCGAUGUCGAUGUCGUUGCCCGUGAUCGCCACCAACUGGUCGGGGCAAACAGAGUUUUUGACAGAUGAGAAUAGCUAUCCAUUGGCAGUUGAGAAAAUGAGUGAAGUGAAGGAAGGGCCAUUCAAAGGGCAUCUGUGGGCUGAACCCUCCAUUAGUAAGCUUCGAGUUUUAAUGAGGGAAGUAAUGACCAAUGUCGAUGAAGCUAAGGCGAAAGGGCGGAGGGCGAGGGAGGACAUGGUCAGGCGAUUCUCGCCCGACGUCGUGGCCGAGAUUGUUCAUAGUCAUAUACAAAGGAUUUUUCAGGAGGUGUGAUGACAGAUCAGAUGUUUAUAACCAAGAUUUCAUUGGUUUUGUUUGUGUUUGAUUUGAUUUUAUCAAGUUAUGCAUAGUUGUAGAUUUGUGUAGCAGUGAAUAUAAGUAGUAGCAGAUUGAUAUGCCUCAGUUGAAUGGAUUUCCAUCAAUAAAGCAUUUGUUAAAUGUGUGGAACAAUGCUGAUGAUCAAUAAAAUUUUAAUACAAAUAUUCAAAUUA